GCGGCGCUCAUCGGUCACUGUGUGAUACGCGUCAGCGUCGAAAGCACGAGUCUCUCCUCGUGACACUGUGGGACGCGUAGUCGAAUCGCGUGUCAUACCACACUGUUGCGCUACACACGAUUAUGCUGUAUAGAAACGCGAUCGUGCCAACGGUAUGUACACGCUGUUAUACGCGAUGUUAGUACUCAUAUUUCGUCUGUACGGCGCGCUCUGUUAUGUCUGCAUCGUGUUACAACGAUUGUACGCGGACCUCUUCGCCACGACCGUGAACACGACAGCGGAGCUCAAUACGCUCGUGCAUAUACUUGCACGUGCUAAAAAGAUCCCGAAGCACUUGGUGAUCAUACACACGCUGAACCAGCAGUCGCUCCUAGACUGUGUGCGUAUCAUUGGAUGGUGCAUAACACUUGAUAUACCUUACAUCAGCUUCUAUGACCGUAAUGGUUUCUUCAAAAGAAAUGAAAGCAGUCUUAAAGAAGAGUUUGCAAGAAAUUGGCCUGAUUUGAUAGAAUAUAUUACCUGGAAUUCACACACAAAAACACCUAGUCAAAAUGGGAUAACUGGUAGCAGGUCGAAAAUAAAUGUAUCGUUCUUAUCCAACAUAGAUGGUAAAGGGAAAAUAGUAACGUUAACAAAAUCAUUGGCGAAAGCUGUAUCUUUGGGGAAACUUGAUCCGGAAGAAAUCACGGACCAACUAAUCACUGAAAAGUUACAAAUAAAAGGGAUGCCCGAUCCUGAUCUCGCUUUAAUAUACGGUCACAGUUGUUCCACAUAUGGUGUUCUACCUUGGCAUACAAGGACAACAGAAUUUUUAAUGCUGCCACUACACGUUAGUAUCACGGUGAAAGAUUUCAGGUAUACAUUAGAGAGAUAUAGUAAAAGUGUACAACGGUACGGAAAAUGAUAUGUAAUUAUUCUUAUUUAUACGAGAUAUCGCAUUUAUGGUAAGAGAAGAAAUAAAUUAUCAUAAAGACUGA